AUGACUCAAGAACAAGGAAGCCCUUCCCAAGAGCACAUUACACCAUCACAAGAAGACUUGAGUGACUCUAGUGAAGAAGAAGAUACGAAGCAAAUUGUAAGAGACCCUACUCCUAAGCUAAGAAGAAGUGAGAGGCUAAAGUAUUCCCCAUCCAAUUGGAAGAAUACAAGGAUCUCGCCGCCUCUCCUCCUCCGUCGUUUCUAUUCAACAACAACCUUCGAUCCUCCAUCGUCCUCUGACGACGAGACCCCUUCCGAUCCCUCUUUUCCCCGGUUUAACUCAGAGAUCUUGGAUUCGUCCCCAGAGAAUGAAGAGUACGAAGAUCUUACUAUCACUCAGGCAACUCCAUUAGUAAGCCCAUCGAUUCAUCCUAUUGGUAGAUAUACCGUAGCAGAUGUAGCUGAGAGAGUGGGUCCGUCUGUGGUCCGAGUCGUUGUUCCGAGUAGUGAUAAGCGGAAGAAGAGUCAGGGCUCCGGCUUCUUCAUAGAUCGUAAGAGAGUUCUCACUUGCGCUCAUGUGGUUGUCGACACUGACGAAGAGGGAGAGAUUCUUUCAUAUCCAGAUAAGGUAGUGUUAAAAACUCAUAAUGGAAAUUUUGUUGAUGCUAAACUACUGACACAUACUGUAUCACUACAUUACGAUAUUGCCGUGCUUGAAAUUACGAGCGAAGAAACAUUUCAACCCGUGAUGUUCGGGAAUUCAAGACAAGUGCUUCUAGGAGGGUGGGUUAUUGCUUUCGGUUCUCCGAACUAUAUGGAUAGGACACUCUCCCUUGGAACUAUCAACUGUAUUGACAGAACCGAUGUUGAAUUGCGCUUGCCUAAGCAUAAGAGAAUCUUCUAUUUUCAGUGUGACUGUAUGCUUAAUGUGGGAAAUAUGGGAGGUCCACUAGUGGACCUAGAGGGUAAUGUCAUUGCUCUAAUCUCCAUGGCCUUUGUCGGAGGUAUUGGAAUAUCAGUUCCUAUUCACACCGUCCGCAAAUUUCUAAAAGAUAAAUUUUGAAAAAUAGUACAUAAUGCGAUACUAAGUAAUAUAUUGUUUGUUUUGAACGAGUUUUAUGUCCCUUUGGAUUUUUUCUAUAAGUAGUCAAUUUGCUUGAA